AACAAUCCUGCUUUCUUUUUCCACCCAGUGGACCUGAAGGACUUUGAUGCGACUUUGAAGGUUUUCGAGGGUUGUGAUGCAAUCAUCCAGUUGGCAGCUUUUACACACCCAAUGGACUACAAGACCAAGGUACACAACGACAAUGUCGUGAUCACUUGGAAUGUCCUGCGUGCAGCUGCCGAGUUAGGAAUAAAUCGUGUUGCACUGGCGUCCUCAGUCAAUGUCUUGCGUGGGGUAUUCAGCACAGAGCCCGUUUUUCACUACUUUCCGAUCGAUGAGAAUCACCCAUGCGAGCCUGACGAACCUUACGGGCUUUCCAAAUUAAUUUCUGAGAUGCAAGCAAAUACCAUCGUCCGAAGAUACCCAUCUAUGCGAGUUGCAAGCAUCCGCAUCCACAUGUUCGUCCCUACGCGCACACGUGCCUAUAGACAGGAUUACUUCCGCGCCCGAGGUGACCUCUGGGGCUACGUCCAAAUGGACUCAGCAGCAGACGCUUUCCUUCGUGCAGUGACUGUGGAAAUGGACCAUUGGACAGGGCAUGAGACAUUUUUUAUUACUGCGCCUCAGCUGGCUGCCGACGAGGACUGGCUAGAACUGAAGGAGAAGUACUUCCCAAAUGUGCCAGUAAACCCUGGCUGGGUCGAGAAUGGCACGAAAGGAUUUUUCGACUGUAGUAAAGCUGAGCGAUUGCUUGGCUGGGUCCACACGGACUACGCAUGA